AUGCAGCAAUCACAGCUGGACCCUCUGCCCAGCGACUUGCCCUUCAGGGUCAUCUCAAAGACUAUUGGGCGAGGGGCUUAUGCAUCAAUCAAGAAAGCUGUUCCUCUGGACGCAAACACGCCCGUCUUCGCUGUCAAAUUCAUCCACAAGGGUUACGCCGUCAAGCAUGGCCGCGUGUCGGCAAAGCAGCUCCUCAUGGAGGUGUCACUCCAUUCACAUGUCGGCCAGCACCCGAACAUCAUUGAGUGGUUCGCUUCGGGAGAGGACAGCAAUUGGCGAUGGAUUGCCAUGGAGUUUGCCGAUGGAGGCGACCUUUUCGACAAGAUUGAGGCAGACGUGGGCGUUCACGAGAACAUUGCUCACCUCUACUUUCUGCAGCUCAUCAGCGGCGUGAGCUUUAUCCACUCAAAGGGCGUGGCGCACCGAGAUCUGAAGCCUGAAAACAUUCUGCUAUCCGAGACGGGAAGUCUGAAGCUCGCUGACUUUGGCAUGUCAACCAUGUUCGAGUAUAAGGGUCAACGAAAGACGAGUUCCACCCUUUGCGGGAGUCCACCAUACAUCGCGCCUGAGAUCCUCGCGUGCGGCAAGGCAGAGAAGAAGGCAUCCCCGGACGCAAUCAAGUACUCGCCAGAUCUCGUUGACAUCUGGUCAUGCGGGGUUAUUCUCUUCGUACUCUUGGUUGGCAACACGCCCUGGGAUGAGCCGUCGAAAGGUAGUUGGGAGUACCAGGAGUACGUGCGAACGAACGGCCGCAGCACAGAUGCGCUUUGGGGGAGGAUACCGUCAGAUACCUUGUCGCUGCUUCGAGGCAUGAUGAAUAUUGACCCGAGCAAACGCUUCUCUUUUCGACAGAUCCGACAACACCCGUGGUAUACCAGGCAAAACCCACAUUUGACAUCGGACGGCACGAUUUCCGACCCGAUCAACUUGGCCACGCAGAUGCUAGAAAGUCUCAAGAUCGAUUUCAACCAGCAACCUACAGCCUCCCAAGGCAACCCGUCCAGCAGUGAUCCCAUGGAUAUCGAUAGUGCCGGCAAAGUCUCCUUCACCCAGCCUGAAACACCCAUCAACGACGUCGCGUGGGAUUGGGAGCGCCCUGCCCUCAAAGUCAUGAACCCCAUUGCCGUCUCCUCCACACAACCUCUGACCCGAAGUGUGAGCGGUGUCGCUAACCGGCGCUUGUUCAUGGAAUCCCUCGCAGAGGAGCCUUCCAUCAGCCAGUUCUCGCAGACCCCUGGUGUCCCUCUAACACUCACCCAAGCGGCCCGUCGCUUCCGCGACAUCGUGCCAUUCGAGUCCCUCACACGCUUCUUCUCUCACGUGCCGCCCCAGCUCAUCGUGCAGAUGCUCAGCGACGCCCUGCACCAGCUCAACGUCCCGCUGCCGCCCGUCACGCCGAACCUGUACUCGGACCACAUCAUCAUCAUCAAGAUCAAGACGCUCGACGCGCGUCGACAGUCGCUGCAUGGCGAGAUUCACGUCGACAAACACAAGCUGCCCGAGGAGCAGGAGCUGCUGGAUAUUCGGUUCGUGAAGAUCAAGGGAGACCCGUUGGAAUGGCGCCGGUUCUUCAAGAAGAUUGUCGUCCUCUGCAAGGAGGGCGUGUACGUGCCGGAUGCAUAG